AUGGAGAAUGGGUACAAGGAAUGGAGCGCUAUCAAUGAUAAUCGCGAGAGAUGCCUUUGUGAUGAUAUCGAUGAUGAUGAUGGCGAGGGAUCCGGUUAUGACGAUAUUGUUUAUCAUAAUGGGAAAUUUUACGUUCUUGAUAAAACAGGAUUGCUGGUGUCAGUUGAUCCUGUUACGCUGGAAAUUACUGAAUUUUCUUCUGUAACGUGUGGCUCUGGAUAUGGAUGUGGUGGUCUAGUAAAGUCUUAUGGAAAUCUGUUUCGGAUUGAUAAGUUCGCGGAUAAAUUUUUCACAUCACACUCAAUUUUAGUAAUUUUUGUUUCUUCCACACCCUUGUACGGUCAAUUUCCCAAGUUCCGCGCUGAUGAUUAUGAUUUUGAUUAUUCAUCCGAUUCUGAUGAAGAAGAUUUUCCCAUUCCAUUUACUGUGUACAAGCUGGAUGAAGAGAAGCGUGACUGGGUUCAGGUGGAAGAAUUAGGUGACAGUGUGCUCUUUAUUGGUGAGGGUGUUUCGUUCUCUGUUUCGGGAAAAGGUUCUCGUGGGUGCAAGACGAAUUGUGUCUAUUAUAUCAAUAAUUCGUACCUGGAAGAAUUUGUUUACCCUGGGUGUGAUGCUGGUAUCUUCAGCUUGGAGGAUGGGGCUUCAGGUGCUUUGUCUGGGUUUCCUAGCUAUUUUAGUAUUUUCUGGCCUCCUCGAGAUUGGCUGAAGUUUCCUCGCCGAAUGCGAGUUAUCUUCUAACUUUAUAUCUAACUUGAAAGUGUAAUUUUCUUGAUAUUGACAAAU